UCAAAUCAAAAUGAUGUCAUCUGUCAUUUGGUCACCAUUGCCAUUGACAACCAUUUUUUUUUACUGUUAUUUGGUCGAAGAGUUCUAACUAAUACAGCUUUUUAAAAAAAAUAUGAGUUCUUGUAUAAAUUCUUGGAAGGUUCGAGGUUUUCACUUGUUCUUUUUGUCUUAAAUAUCAAUCUUAUCAAUCUUCUUAUUCUUUCUUUGUUCAUGGAAAAGGGUACCUCCCAUAUAACUACAAGGUCAAACGUUACAUUUUACACUGUCACAAUACAUUGUAGGUACUAUUGCACCGCUUGGAGGCUGCGUCGAGGAUUAUUGAAGGUUUUAGUUCCGUGAUUUCUGGAUAUAAUUGAUCCAUAGAAAUAACUAACAACUAAUAAAGAACAACAACAUGUUGAACACAUGAAAAAGUAUAAGGCCAUGUUUUCGAUUGAUAAUCAAAGAGCCAUGUUGAAAAGUUUGGUCGUAGGAUAUCAUAAAAAAAAAAUUAAGCUGUCGCUGUGUUUGAAAAAAGUCAAACAGUUUAUUAUGGUUGUUUUGAGAUUGAGUAUUGAUUUGAUUUUUUAAUGAAUUUGCCAAUAUCACGGCAUACAACGAAUUAUUAUGGUUAAAAAUAUUAUAUUUGUUGAUAUUUUGCGUCAAAAAGAUAUAGAAACAUUUUAUGAGGCUUGUCAACGACAUAGAGAUUACUAUAGAGGCUAUCCUAAAGCCCAUCAUCCUUUGGUGUAUUUCAAAGAACCGCAGUACAGCUUCCAGUGUCCGGAAGAAAUGACUGUGACCUACUUGUCGUUCCCUAUGUACCAUGUGAAGUACAAGCAGCCCCUAGUGCUGCCGAGCGAGACCGGCCGCACUAGCAACCUGCCCGCGCUUCCAGACCGCACGCUCGCCGGGCGAUUCAAUAAGGCCGCUUGCAAGGCAUACAUUCGAUAAUCAAGAUUUUUAUAACUUCUAUGAAUAUUAUAAUAAUAGCAUUAUAUACAUAAAAUUACAUUAACAUGUUUAUAAGAAGUAUUAAAUUUCUGUGAUUAUU